AUGAAAGGGCAAUCAACUUCAAUUCGAAAGAUGAACAAAGAGCUGCAUAAAGACAAGAUCUCUCAAUUGCAUAAUCUCACCCGGAAAUUGAAAUCAAAAUAUACGAAUAACAUACUUAAUGAAAUAUAUGAAUUAUUAUACCCCAUCGCAAAUGAAUCAAUUGAUCCCCAAGGUUUGAAAUAUUUAUUACAACAUGAUUUUACUACAACGGUGCUUUAUAAACAAUUAAACAUUGAUGUGACUAAUAAUUACUUGGAAGUUUUGUUAGGAUUGAUAACCAAUGAAAUAAGUCUUUUGGAUAUCUUUAUUGAACAUAAUGAUUUUCUGGCGUUGUUUGAUAGAUUGAUUGGGAUAUGUCAAGAUAUAAGUUUUACGAAUUAUAGAUUUAAGAUUUAUACUAUUCAACUCAUAAGUAUGAUGUUGACUCGUAAGACAGGAGAUGUCUCUGGGUUGGUAGUUCCGAUGUUUGGGAUUCAUAUUUGGAGAAAUUUGAAACAUAGUGAAGACUUCUUACCUAAAGGAUUAAAAGUAGAAUAUAAUUCCGAAAUCUAUUCGUAUGAAAAUUUGCUGGCUGCAGAAAGAGCCAGUUAUAACUUGAGAUCACGAUGGUUACUACAAUUGUUAAAAUCAUAUCUACUAGAAGAAACUCCAAUCCCGUUUAGAGAAUCAAUUGUGAAAUUCUUGUUGUUCAUACUGAGACAUCCAAAGUAUAACUCAUUCAUUAUUCCAUUCUUGAAAUCUAUCCAAGUCUGUUCAUUAUUAAGAGUUGAAUCAACCAACAUAAUUAACGAAUAUAUUGACAUUUUGCAACAAUCUCUCACUGAAGGCGAAUCUAUUGCUGACUUUGCAGUUUUGCAACAGUCCAUUAUUGAAUCAUUUCCUGAAAACAAAACGUUGGUAGAUCCUAUCAUGUCCUUUCCAUCAAGAUAUAAUUGUACCGAACAACAAAUACGGGAACUAUUACAGGUUUUAUCCAUUGAGGAUAUUCAAAAACUUACAAAUUUCCACUAUUCUUCGAAAGAAAUUUCCAAUUUUCAAAUUUUGAUACCAGAUAAUAGUAAAUCAUCAAAACAUAUCCAGAUUGAUAUAAUCCUAUCCCGAUUCUUCCCAAUUGAGAAAUCAACAUAUUCAAUCUCCCACUCCUUCUGGCAAAAUUUCGAUGAUUCAAAUAACCUCAUCAAUACCAACCUAGUCCUCCCAAGUAAUUUCCGAAAUUAUACAGACCUCGAAACCUCCAUAACAAUCGACACAUCCAGCAAAGCCAAGAUCGAAUUGUAUAACCAUUUAAAUAAUGUCAUGUCCAGGAUUAAAAUAGAUGGGAUUAAUCGAUAUAAAGGCACAAGCAAAUAUUUGAUCAAGAUAAAAUCGAUUGAUUGUUUGGAAAGGAAUAAAUAUCGAAUAGUUACAAAUUCACCAAUCCCAGACCAGAAACAUAUUGUUAUUGCCUUGAUUGAGAUAUGCAAACCUGAUAAUAGCAGUUCGUUCAAGAGAUUGGGAAUACGGAGGAUGGAAUUGAUUCGUGCAACCAGAGAAACCAAGACUAUUCUUGCGUUUGAGAGUAGACGGAAGUUUGAAUCUGUGGAGGAUUUUAAACAAUUUGUUCUAUUUCCUGUCUCUGAUUCAUUGGAAUAUCUUGAAUAUAUGAAAUCGUUGAAAGAACUGAAAUUUGAUGACAGAGAUUGGACGUAUGAUUAUUUGGUGAAAUCUAAGGUUGAGGAUAGUAUUGAACCGGAAAGAAAGAAGCGAAAACUUGAUCCUUCCCAGCCUAAGAAGGACGUGCUAGAGAAGCAACAGCAAGGGAGUAUACAUAUUUAUAAAGCUUCUAGAUUUGCCGAUAUUGAAGCACAAAUUGAGAGUUUGAAAACUUCCAAUGGUAGAAUAUUGAUAUUAACUCCCUCACGAAAUGUUGUGGAUCAGUAUCAAACCAGCAAUAAUCAAGACCCAACUAUCCGUUUUAAGAGUCAAAAAUGUUUAUCGGAAUUAAUUCAAUUUUGUAACCAAAGACUCGAAGAAUUCCAAUCGGGGCUAGGGAUUAAAGUUAAUCCUUUGGAAAAAGUAUGGGAAAUGGAACUAGAUGAAAUACAUAACAAAAUCGCCAAAAUAUGGGACAACGCCAAGGAAGGCACUUCUCCAUUUGACUUCUUUUCGGAGAAAGACGAAAAGUCUGAUUCAAAAUCACAACUUGAAUCCAUUAAAAAGGACCUAGCAUUAAUGAGGAAGCUUCAACCAGUUUCUGGAAUGAAAGGUCAAGACAUGCAAAAAGCUUGGAAAUAUAUCUUCAAUACCUUCAGUAUAAUAAUCACCAUUGAAGAUUUUAAACAACUCAUAGAAUCGGAUACUAAGAUUAUGUCAUUUGAUUCGGUCAUAUUUUGGAACUGUAAAUCAACGGCACUUCCGAUCGUACUUGAUAGCCUUCCCCAAAAGAUUACGAAUAUUGAAAUAAUCGGAGGACAAUUGUUGGAAUAUUUCCAAUAUCUUCCCAUUCAAACAUUAUCAGCACCAAAAACAACUCCAGAGAAGAAUAAAUUCAAUGCCGGGUUUUCGAAAGAAUUUGAACUUAUUGAAGCGGAAAAUCAAAUCGAAGAAGCCGAAUAUUGCAUUCUUUUAUAUUAUUAUAUGAGAUCAAUAGGAUAUCCUGGGGAUGAAAUUGCGGUUUGGGUAUGUUGCAAAAGACAAGAAUUCUUAAUUAAAGAGAUUUUUAAUUCAAAAUAUCCGGAGUGGAAGAAAAAAUAUAAUAUCCCAGUUGUAAUUUAUAAUGAAGACGGUGUUCAUGAUUUUGACAGGUUUAAAUAUUCGAUUGUUUCUCUAUUUAGUGAUGGGGAUUAUAAGGAAGUUGAUUUGAAUGGGAGAUUGGGCAAUUAUUUCGUUAGUAGUGAUAUUAAGAAUGAUAAGAAUUAUUUUCAUCAGGCUGCUGGGAUUAAGAAACAUUUGCUAUCGGUUCAUCCGCUGGAAAGAUAUGGUGAUGUCAAGAGAGGGAAAAGUAUUAAGAUAGUUCAUAAUUCUCGAGAAUUAGAAAAAAUAGUGGAACAGUUAUCUGAGAAAUAG